GCGAACAAUACUUUCAUCGUAAGGAUCUUCGCUCGAGCAGUCAGCGGCUCCAGUGUGUCGUGCUAUCGCUGUGGAUCAGGAGGUGCUUUGAACACACGCGCGCGCGCACUCACAUACAGACCGUGGCUACAGGUACAUCCACUACACGCCGUAUUGCCUGAAAGCCGACCGACGACCAUGACCGGGUCGGACGACAACAACGGCGAUUCGGACAAUUCCGGCGCCGGGGUGGGCGACGACAGCGACGGAAGGGCCCGGCAUCGCAACCAGAUUUCGGCCAGGGCGUUGCUGACCUCCGCUGCCGCGACGCUGCUGUGGUGCGUACUGUUGGCAGCCUUCGUGCCGCAGCCGCAUGCUGUGGCCGGAGCUCAGCUGUACACGAACACGUUCGCUGUGAGGCUACACGGCGACGUCCGGGACCGUACCGGGCACGUAGACGAGGCGGUGGCCCACAGGGUUGCCAAGAGGGCCGGCAGUGGGUUCGAAAACGUCGGCAAGAUUCGUGGUACUAAAGAUGAAUUCCAAUUUGUGCAUCAUGGAUUACCAAAAAUACGUGGCCGCCGUUCUCUACCUUCAGUUUUACUAUUGAAGAAGGAUCCAUCAGUUAAGUCUGUUCAUCAGCAACCGGGAUUCAAGAGAGUGAAACGUGGGUACAAAGCAUAUAUCCCAUCUUUAUACUUGAAUAGAGAUGAAUUUAUUGCAAGUCAAUAUAGAGAAUAUUCUGGUAAACCAAUUGAAAUCGAUGACGAUCUGGAUCGUUAUGGCAAGUUACCAAUGGAUCCAUUAUUCAAGGAGCAAUGGUAUCUGAGAAAUACAGGACAAAACGGUGGUAAACCAAAAUUGGAUUUGAAUGUACGAGCCGCUUGGGCUCAAGGAGUAUCAGGCAAGAACGUAACUACAGCUAUAAUGGACGACGGAGUGGAUUAUACACACGAAGAUCUAAAAUAUAAUUACAAUGCACGAGCUAGCUACGAUUUCAGUUCAAAUGAUCCCUAUCCAUAUCCGAGGUAUACCGAUGAUUGGUUCAACAGCCACGGUACACGUUGUGCCGGGGAAGUUGCAGCUGCACGUGAUAAUGGUGUUUGUGGUACCGGUGUUGCAUAUGACUCAAAAAUCGCCGGGAUCCGGAUGCUCGAUCAACCGUACAUGACAGAUCUUAUCGAAGCGAAUAGUAUGGGCCACGAACCAGAUUUGAUUGAUAUUUACAGUGCUUCUUGGGGACCUACGGACGAUGGAAGAACAGUCGACGGGCCUCGUAACGCCACUAUGAGGGCUAUAGUCCGCGGAGUCAAUGAAGGUCGUCGUGGGAAGGGUAAUAUAUACGUGUGGGCUAGCGGUGAUGGUGGAGAGGCUGAUGACUGCAACUGUGAUGGAUAUGCUGCUAGUAUGUGGACGAUAUCGAUAAAUUCAGCUAUAAACGAUGGACAAAAUGCUCAUUAUGAUGAAAGUUGUUCAAGCACACUAGCAUCAACUUUCAGCAAUGGUGCCAAAGAUCCUAAUACUGGAGUAGCGACUACAGAUUUGUAUGGUAAAUGUACUAAAUCUCACAGUGGAACAUCUGCUGCCGCACCUGAAGCUGCAGGCGUGUUCGCUUUAGCCCUGGAAGCAAACCCCGAUUUGACUUGGAGAGAUAUACAGCAUUUGACCGUAUUGACUUCAAAACGGAAUUCUUUAUUUGAUGCCAAACAUCGAUUUCAGUGGACAAUGAACGGCGUGGGCUUGGAAUUUAAUCAUUUGUUUGGCUUUGGGGUGCUUGAUGCUGGAGGUAUGGUCUCACUUGCCCGACAAUGGCAUACUGUACCCGCUAGAUAUCAUUGCCAAGGAGGAUCACAUACAAAAAUCAGGAAAUUUACAACUAAGUCAGGCAUAAUACUGAAAUUGAAUACUGAUGCAUGCCGUGACACCGAUACCCAUGUGAAAUAUCUGGAACAUGUACAAGCUGUAAUUACACUCAAUUCUACAAGACGUGGUGACGUUGAACUUUUUUUGACAUCUCCGAUGGGCACAAGAUCGAUGAUAUUAAGUAGAAGGCCUAAUGAUGACGACCGAAGAGAUGGAUUUACAAAAUGGCCAUUUAUGACAACGCAUACAUGGGGUGAAUAUCCCUGGGGCGAAUGGAUACUCGAGGCGAAAUUCAAUACACCGAAUCAGUUUUCACAAGGUACUAACGGCGGCGGGACACAGACGAACAAUGGACAGGCAUCUAGAGCGAACUCCGGGUUGACAGCUAAAGGGGACGGGUCGUCGGCAGACCGGGAUUCAGGCGGAGAAGAGGGAGAGGAAGACGAUUACGAAACAGUGCACACGGGUUUCCUGAAGGAAUGGACACUGAUGCUGCACGGAACCCGGGAACCGCCGUACAGCCAACUGUCCGUCCGAGAUCCCCAUUCUAAAUUGGCAAUUGUCAAGAAAGCGCACACCAUAGCUGGACCCGACACUACCGCAUCACCGCAGAAGCAGAGCGCAUAUUAGGUUUACAGAAGCUGAAAUUAAGACACCAAUGAAAUAAUCAAUACGGGAAUAUCGCGAUUGUCAUUUACAAACAUAUACAAUUAUUAAUCUAUUAUUAUAAUAUUAUAUACAUA